AUGGCAAAUGCUGAGGCAGGCAAGAAGAUCUUUGUUCAAAAAUGUGCUCAGUGCCACACAGUGGAAAAAGGUGGAAAACACAAGACUGGUCCAAACCUUUGGGGCCUUUUUGGCAGAAAAACAGGACAAGCACCAGGAUUUUCUUAUACCGAUACAAACAAAAACAAAGAUGUUAUCUGGGGAGAGGAGACUCUGAUGGAAUAUUUGGAGAAACCAAAAAAAAAAAAUAUCCCUGGAACUAAAAUGGUCUUUGCUGGUCUUAAAAAGAAGAGUGAGAGAGAAGAUCUUAUUGAGUAUUUGAAACAGGCAACAUCUUCAUGA